UUUCAAAAUGGUGGCAGCGAUGGAUGUGGACACCCCGAGCGGCACCAACAACGGUGCGGGAAAGAAGCGCUUUGAAGUGAAAAAGUGGAAUGCAGUAGCCCUGUGGGCCUGGGAUAUUGUGGUUAAUAACUAUGCCAUCUGCAGGAACCAUAUUAUGGAUCUUUACAUAGAGUGUCAGGCUAACCAGGCGUCGGCGACUUCCGAGGAGUGUACGGUUGCGUGGGGAGUCUGUAAUCAUGUCUUUCAUUUCCAUUGCCUUUCUCGCCGGCUCAAAACACGGCAGGUGUGCCCUUUGGACAACAGAGAGUGGGAGUUCCAAAAGUAUGGCCACUAGACCAAGAAUUCUUCCAUCAAGCCUG